AUGGACGUUCUUCGAGCACAGGAAGCAGUUCUCCUCGACGAAAACCUGAUAAUCAGUAUAUCCAAGGUAUAUCCGCCACCGAGAAGGUGCUUGGAGUGUUACAAGAACCAAUUCCACGCGGUGGCUCUGGGAGCCAUCGUAUCGAAUGUUGCGGACCUUCCUGGGCUGACAUACGACUUCGUCGUCGUUGGAGGAGGGACUGCUGGGAAUGUCAUUGCUAACAGGCUGACGGAAAACCCUAAUGUCUCUGUUCUCGUUCUUGAGGCCGGUGGAUCUCACGAAGGCAUCGCCAAUAUGACGAUCCCCUUCUGGUGCCCCACCUUGACACCCUUCACCCAAUACGAUUGGAACUACACAACCGUUCCCCAACCCGGUCUCGGUGGUCGCUCGAUUCCCUACAUGAGAGGACGCGUUCUUGGUGGUAGCAGCUCCGUCAAUUACCUAGUCUACACUCGCGGUACUUCAGAAGACUACGAUCGCUACGCGAAACUAUCAGGUGACCCUGGUUGGGGCUGGAACGCUCUUCAGCACUACUUCAAAAAGAACGAGAAGUGGAGCCCCCCCGUUGACGGCCACGACACCACCGGCGAGUUCGACCCCUCCGUGCACGGCUACAAUGGUCUCCUUGGCGUCAGCGUCCCAGGGCACCUCGAACCCAUCGACGCACGCAUCGUCCAAACCACCCAAGAAUUACCCGAAUUUCCCUUCAUCCAGGACUACAACUCCGGGAAGCAUCUCGGCAUCGGUCUUUUGCAAAAUACCAUCGCUGACGGCGAACGCACAAGCUCGGCUACUGCCUACCUCGCCCCGCCGUUCCGCCAGCGCCAGAACCUCAAAGUUCUGAUCAACGCCCAAACCACCAAGAUCAAGUCCGUGAACUACGGCUUCGGUCCCGUCUUCAAGACCGUCGAAUUCGUCUCCGGAGGCGCGACCGUCCGCGUCACCGCGCGGAAGGAGAUCGUCCUCUCCGCAGGCAGCGUCGGGACGCCGCACAUCCUGCUCAACUCGGGCGUUGGCGACAAGAAUGACCUGAAGAAAUUCGGCAUCAAGUCGGUGCUGCACCUUCCGGACGUGGGCCGGAACCUGUCUGACCACGUCCUCACACCCGAGGGGUGGCUCGUGAACUCGGAGGACACAUUCGAUUCCUUCUUCAGGAAUGAGACGGCUGUGCAGGAGGCGACGGACCUGUGGACUUCGAGCCGCCAGGGCGUGCUGUCGGGUACGAUCUCGAAUCAUGUUGGAUGGGCGAGGCUGAAGUCGGAUGCGUCGAUCCUCCAAACUGUUACUGACCCCGCUGCCGGUCCGAACACUGGUCACUAUGAGCUUCUCGUUUCUAACGGUGUUCCCAUCCCUCCGUACCCGCCAACUGGAAACUUCCUCGGUGCGACAGUGGUUCUCCUCACCCCAACAUCACGCGGCUCCAUCACUCUCAACUCUAGCAAUCCCCUAGACGCACCCCUGAUCAACCCCAACCUCCUCGGGACCGAUUUCGACAAGUUCACCGUCCGCGAGGCCAUCCGCGCCGCUCGUCGCUUAGUCGGCGCGCCCGCCUGGACGGGGUAUGUUGCCGCGCAGCUGAACACGGCGACGACGGACGCGGAGCUUGACGCGUACGUCGCAGGUGCGGCGGGCACAAUCUUCCAUCCGGUCGGCACGGCAGCGAUGUCGCCCAAGGGCGCCAGCUAUGGUGUUGUGGACCCCGAUCUGAAGGUCAAAGGCGCGAGUGGGCUGAGGAUCGUGGAUGCGUCAGUUAUUCCUGUCGUACCAGCAGCACACACCGUCGCCCCGGUCUACGUGUUUGCUGAACGCGCUGCUGACUUGAUCAAGGCUUGCUGGGGCUUGUAG